AGCAGACAAAGGCUUUGAGCUCAGGACGCCCCUCUCUGCCUCUCACUUUGCCCACAAAGCCCAGCCUAAACUCCCGUCUUUUCCGCUUUCCCCCUCCACCCACUCUGUCAUGGAGCUGCCCCAUGACCAGCGGCGCUAAGACUCCCGCUUCAGCGCUUACUGCCUCCGUCUGAAAUGUACGACCGCCUGGAUCCCCGCUCGGCCGCCGGAGGAAGGCUUUUUGUGGGUAUAAUACGAGGAAGCGUCGUCUGAGAGCCGAGGGAGAGAGGGGGGACGGAUUGACGCUUUUUUCCCUCCUCUCCUCCUCCUCCUUCUUCUUCUUCCCUUCGCCCCUUGCUUCCUGCUCCUCUUUUUUUUUUGGCGGAUAGCGGGGUUCAAGCAGGAAUUAACGUUUUUUUUAUUUUUUUGCUUUAAAAAUAUCAAUUUUGAAUCCUGCUGCGCAACCAGACCACCGGAUCACGUGGCACAGGAGAGAGUUGGAUCGAUUUUGGACAGUUAGUGAGAGUAGGAGUAAAAAAAAAAAAAAGAAAAGAAAAAGAAAGAGAGAGCAGCACCUAACUCCUGUUUUUCUACUUUUCUUUUUUUGGAUAACAGGGACUGUUGUUACUUUUGCAUCAUCCCAAGUGCAGAAGGUGUUGUUUUUCAGCCUUGGAGGUGUGGAGUAUUGAUUCUUAUAUGCCUGGGUUUUGAAAAACAAUGGAGACGCACAUUUCGUGCCUCUUCCCAGAAAUUUUGGCCAUGAUUUUCAGCUACCUGGACGUGAGGGACAAAGGCAGGGUGGCCCAAGUGUGCAUCGCUUGGAGGGACGCGUCUUACCACAAGUCAGUGUGGAGGGGGGUAGAAGCCAAGCUGCACCUCCGCCGGGCCAAUCCCUCCUUGUUCCCCAGCCUCCAAGCCAGGGGGAUCCGGAGGGUCCAGAUCUUGUCCCUGCGCCGCAGCCUGAGCUAUGUCAUCCAGGGCAUGCCCAACAUAGAGUCCCUGAACCUGUCUGGCUGCUACAACCUGACGGACAACGGACUGGGCCACGCGUUCGUGCAGGAGAUCCCGUCUCUUCGGGUCCUGAACCUGAGUCUCUGCAAGCAGAUCACGGACUCCAGUCUGGGCCGGAUCGCCCAGUAUCUGAAGAACCUGGAGGUGCUGGAGCUCGGCGGCUGCAGCAACAUCACCAACACGGGGCUUCUGUUGAUAGCCUGGGGCCUCCACAGACUCAAGAGCCUCAACCUGAGGUCCUGCAGGCACGUCUCAGACGUGGGCAUCGGACAUUUGGCCGGCAUGACCCGGAGUGCGGCGGAGGGCUGCUUGAACCUGGAGUACCUGACCCUCCAGGACUGCCAGAAGCUGACGGACCUGUCACUCAAGCACAUCUCCAAGGGGCUGACCAAGCUGCGGGUGCUGAAUCUGAGCUUCUGCGGGGGGAUCUCGGACGCGGGGAUGAUCCACCUGUCCCACAUGACGUCCCUGUGGAGCCUCAACCUGCGCUCCUGCGACAACAUCAGCGACACGGGCACUAUGCACCUGGCCAUGGGCACCCUGAGGCUCUCCGGGCUGGACGUGUCCUUCUGCGACAAGAUCGGGGACCAGACCCUGGCGUACAUCGCCCAGGGGCUGUACCAGCUCAAGUCCCUCUCCCUGUGCUCCUGCCACAUCUCGGACGACGGCAUAAACCGCAUGGUGAGGCAGAUGCACGAGCUGCGGACCCUGAACAUCGGACAGUGCGUGCGCAUCACAGACAAAGGGCUGGAGCUGAUAGCGGACCACCUGACUCAGCUGGUGGGCAUCGACCUGUAUGGAUGUACCAAGAUCACCAAGAGGGGACUGGAGCGGAUCACGCAGCUCCCCUGCCUUAAAGUGUUGAACCUGGGACUCUGGCAGAUGACAGAGAGUGAGAAAGUGAGGUGAUUGUGUGUGUUUUUGUUUCUUUUUUUAUUUUAUUUUUUGGGAUGGAAAGGGGGUCAUUGGGAGCAGGAGGAGUCGGGGUGAAUAUCUGAGGUGGUUUUCUCUUCUUUCUUUUUUUUUUUUUUUUUUUUUAAAAGAAAGAAGAGAAACCCCCUCCCUGCAUCCUGCUGUGUGAGGUGAGCCUCUUCCAUUUGACCUGACUCCUCUUUUUCAGCCGUUUUAACUUUUCAUUCUGUUGCAGGAUGUAGACCCAUUCCUUAAAUAUAACACUUAAUAAUAAUCUUCCCGCUCCUAAUCGGGCGACGUCUUGUUGUUUUUUGAGGUGUUAACAAAUUUGACUUUUAAUAUCUCCACACACAAAAAAAAAGAAAGAAAAGAAAGUUGAUCCGAACUGCAGUUAACUUAUGUUAAUUUUGAUUCUUGACACUUUUAUCCAUCCAAAAUCCUUCUUUUUUUUUUUUUAUAUAUUCAAAGCAAAGAAAGGUUGUUGAAAACUUAUGAAUAAGAUUUAUUUUUGCUACAAGCUCAGAUUCGACGACUAAUCUCCGCUACAGCCAUCACGCCUAAUAAAUGCUUGGCUACCUCCUAUGUGGUUGUUUUUAUUAAAGGAUGUAUACAGUUCAAAAAGAAGAAGAAGGAAAGCUGAGAAAGGAGAGACUGGUAGAAAAUGUGCCUAAAGGGACUGUGGCUGCCCCCUCCCCCAUCCCUCCAUCCCUCCCUCCCUCCCUUCUUCCACAAGCAGAGCCAGAGAAAGGAGACCAGUACGCAAUCUGACUACCUUUGUUAAUUUAACCCUAUAAACACCCGUUUUCUGUGGCGUUUAGUCCGGUUAGAAGCCAACGUCGCUUCGCCUAAAGUUCCCUAAAUCAAACGUCGAGUAAAAGGUUUCUUACUGUGUGUUGGCUUCGUUCUCUAAGGAUAAAGUCCAACUUUAAUGUCCUUCUUGGCAGCAUUAGGAGCAUACCCCCCUUGCAAGAAUACCUAUAAUUUCAUUAUGACUAGGCAUGGGCCGGUGUCACGUUAUCGCGGUACAAAUAGAAACAGGGAACAGUUUAAAGAAAUAUAGAACGUUGGAAAAGUAACGCAACGAAUGCUCCCACUCCUGCGAAAAAUAAUCUUUUACAAUAAUAGCCUUUGCUACAUUGAGGUAAAGCAAAAAAACGAAUAGAGGAGACAGUAAAUCAGCCAUUUUCCCCUUCAUAAUUGGGUCAAAAACAGAACAUACAUUAUUUUCCUAUUCAGAAAUGACAAACAAGCUUAGAAAUCCUAAAAUGUUUGCUCUGUAAAUGUGUCGGCAAAACAGCAUGUACUUUUGAAGUUUUUAAGUUUAAUAAAAAUGACAUUAAAAGGUUAGGGUUUUGCGCUUUUGAAGCAAGCAUCAGGAUCAUUUUUGUCAUUCUGUAGUUUUUGGUUUGACUCAAAACCUUUCCCAAUAAUCAACAGAACCCGCGGCACAUUAUUAUUUUCUUUUACGUGUCCCGUCUUCUGAAAAAAACAAAAAAACAACACAGUCGGCAGGUCGGGCCACAAAGACAAUCAGAAAUCCCAAGUCCUGAUGGCUGCAUCUUUAGAAAGGACGCCUGCUGAAUUUAGCCCUUUCCGUGAGUGGUGCAACCCAAGUUUGCGCACCAUGAAAUAUUUCUGCACAGUCAGAUUUUUGUUUUGUUUUUUGUUUUAUAAGCCAAAGAAAACAAUAGG